AGCGAGAAGAUCGAGACGAUGGAGGAGUACUUAUAGUACAUGAAAACUUUACGCUGUCAAAUGAACGCAAAGUCUGACACAAAGUUACUGAGAGAAGAAGCUGAGAAGAUGAACAAGGAAAAGGGUCAGAUAUGUGCACAAAUAUUGGCAAAACAGAGAAAAAUUGCUUCUCUGGAGUCUGAUUCGUCCACCCUUAACCAGACAAUGGAGCUUAUACAACAAGAAAGAGUUAGCUCAUCUAAAAAUAUAGCAGAGAAGAGAGCUUACUAUACUCAAGUUGCAGAGGUUAUCAAGUUGAAAUUAAAGCAACAACAGGACUGGUUCGAAUUUGACAGGACUAGAGAAAUGACUGAGCAUAAAUCGGUCAAAGGUAAAAGUGAUGAGCAAAUGGCUGAAACUGAAGGGAAGUGCGGCAUUGAUAACAAUAACUUCAUGGACAAUAAGAGCAGUGAAGCUAGGGAGACCAUGAUGGCCAAUUUGGUUUCUGCUAAAGACAAGCUUGACGAAAUUGCACAGAAGACAUUAAAACUUGUUCAGGAGAACAAAAAGAUGAACGAUUCCUUUGAGCAAGUGAAGUGCAGGGCAAACAAAUUGAAGUCAGAGAUGUUGGCAAUGGAUAUAAAGACCUUGGAAGAGGAACACGCAGAUCUUCUAUCAGAUAAGGCUGGAGAAUCUGAGUUUUGGGAAUGCCUAAAGGACCAAAUUGAGCAAUUCAAGGGACUUUCCUAUGUGCUGAAAUGUGAUUGUGGAGAGGAAUACAAGGUGGAAGUGAAUCUUUAAUUUUAGAAAAGUAUAAUAGCAAUGAAACUUAGACAACUCAAAAGGCUGAAGAAACAAAUUCGUAGUUGACA